AACGACAUCCUGGUUGCAACAAUGUUCGGGCUUCACUUGCUGUCCCUGGUCCCGCUCGCUCUGGCAACAGUCCUGCCUCGACAGGCCAUUAACUACGAUGGCUACCGGGUGUACCGCGUCGCCACUGCAGGCAACGGUAGCAGUGUCCUGGACACUCUCUCCGCUCUCGACUAUGAGCUGUGGAACGUGAGACCUGCAGAUCAUGUUGACAUAUCGAUCGCUGGAGACCAGAUUGAGCAGUUUGAAGCUCUGGGCUUGGACUACUCGGUCAUGCACGCAGACCUCGGAGCAGUCAUUGCAGAAGAAGCUGCAGGCCUGUCUUCGGUCUCGAAGCGACAAGCGGGAUCCCAAGGACCAGAAUCGACGUGGUUCAACGCCUAUCACUCGUAUGCAGACCACGUCCAGUACUGGCGCGACAUGGUCGCUGGAUUCCCACGAAACUCUCAACGAUUCACUGCUGGUCAAUCAUACGAGAACCGCGAAAUCUUUGGCGUCAAGCUCUUCGGCAACAACACCGGAACGACCAAAUCCGCCCUCGUCUGGCACGGAACCGUGCACGCCCGCGAAUGGAUCAGCACCAUGACAGUCGAAUUCCUCGCAGCAUCCAUCGUCGCAGGCUACAAGCGCAACGACCCCGUCUACACCGCCAUCCUCGACAAAUUCGACAUCUACAUCCUCCCCAUCGUCAACCCCGACGGUUUCGCGUACACGCAAACCGCCGACCGUCUGUGGCGCAAAAACCGCGCUCCCGGCCCCGCCGUCAACGGCCGCGUCUGCUACGGCACAGAUAUCAAUCGCAACUGGCCCUACCAAUGGACAGGAGACCCCAACGGCGCUUCCACGGACCCUUGCGCUCAAACCUACAAAGGCCGUGCCUCGGGCGAUUCUCCCGAAAACCGCGCCCUCGUCAGCCAAAUCCGCGGCGUAGCUUCGCAGCAAAAUAUUGCGCAAUAUAUCGAUUUUCACAGCUAUGGAAAUUAUCUUCUUUCUCCCUAUGGAUACACGAGUUCUCUCCCUCCGACUUCUUCGGCGAUUGUCGCUCUGGCGAAUCGUGCUGCGGCCGCGAUUCGCGCCGUGUAUGGGACGGCGUAUACGACGGGUCCUAGUGGCGCUACGUUGUAUCCUACGACGGGGAGUAGUGUGGAUUAUGCGUUUGAUGUGGCUGGUGCGGAUUAUGCUUAUACCUUUGAGUUGCGCGAUACCGGAGCGAAUGGGUUUGUGCUUCCUCCUGCGCAGAUUCGACCUACGGGGACGGAGGUUUUGGAGGGGGUGAAGGUUUUGUUGAAUGGGAUUUGA